ACACCGAAUUGGCUAAUGAGGAAGGCGUUCUUGCACUGCUGCUGUGUGUGUGUGUGCACUGUGCACUGUGUGCUGCAGGUCGGCUGGCCGGCAGUCCUGGCAGCGGUGGCCACGCUGGAGUCGGACCCGGCGCUCGGCUGGAAGGGCGCCGUCGGGCCGGGGCCGCCGUCGGGACCCGACUCGGGGCCCGGCACGCCCGGCUCGGCCGGCCCGGCGGGCUAUGGCGCCGGCGGCCCGCAGUUUCCCGCCGGCGGACCGGGCACGCCGCACUCGCAGGGCAGCAGCUUCACGCCGCCGGCGGUGCCGCCGCACUUCCCGAGCCCCGGCCACCCGGCGCCGGCCGGCGGCCCGUCGCCGUACCCGACGCCGCCGGCCAGCGGGCCGCCGAGCGGGCCGUUCCCGGCUGUCUCCACGCCGGGCCCGCACCCGGCACAGUUCGGCGGCCCGGCCGGCAUGAUGCCCCACAGUAUGGCCGGCGGCCCGUUCCCACCGAUGGGCCCGCACCCAGGCCCGUUCGGCGGCCCGUUCCCGUUCGGACCGCAGCACAUGGGCCCCAUGCACGGGCCCGGCGGUCCCAUGGGCCCGGGACCGAUGGGGCCCGGUGGGCCCAUCCCGCCGGACAGAAUGGACCACGGGCGGCAUAAUUCGUACUUCAACCAGCCUGACUAUAGGAUCCAUGAACUGAACAAACGACUGCAACAAAAGUCAGAGGACAGCGAUAGCCUCUGGUGGGAUGCGUUCGCCACCGAAUUCUUCGAGGACGACGCUACACUCACUCUCACCUUCUGCCUCGAGGACGGACCAAAGAGAUACAUGAUUGGUCGCACGCUGAUCCCGCGCUACUUCCGGAGUAUCUUCGAGGGCGGUGUGACGGAGCUCUACUUCAGCCUGCGCCACCCCAAGGAGUCGUUCCACAACACGAGCAUCACGCUCGACUGCGACGCGGCCACCAUGGUCACCCACCACGGCAAGCCGCUGCUGGCCAAGGUGUGUACCGAAGGCCGCUUCAUCGUCGAGUUCACCUUCGACGACCUGAUGCGGAUCAAGUCGUGGCACUUUGCGACUCGCGGCGUCAAGGAGCUGAUUCCGCGCUCGGUGCUGGCAAUGCACGCGCAGCAGGAGCCCGGGCUGGCAGAACAGCUGGGCAAGAACAUCACCCGGCAGGGGCUCACCAACGUCACUCUCAACUACCUGAGGCUGUGCGUCAUUCUGGAGCCGAUGCAGGAGCUCAUGACACGCCAGAAGGCCUUCUCGCUCAGCCCGCGUGACUGCCUGAAGACCACCCUGUUCCAGAAGUGGCAGCGUAUGGUGGCUCCCCCAGGUGGGCCAAAUCACCCCCAUAGCAAACCGGAAGAAAACCAGCGGCCGCCCAGCAAACGGCGGAAACGGAAGGGCGCGGCUGGCGGGGGCGGCGCCGCCCAGAGCAAGCAGAAAGGCCGGCCGCCGUUCAGUCUCUCCGGACAAGACGUGAUGGUGGUCGGGGAGCCGUCUCUGAUGGGCGGCGAGUUUGGCGACGAGGACGAGCGGCUUAUCACUCGGCUGGAGAACGCGCAGACGGACGCGGCGGCGGCGGCCGGCGCCGGCUCGGCCGGUGGCGGCGGCGGCGGCUCGGCGUCCGGCGGCGCGCCGCCCCCCGAGGAGAACAACUACACGUCGUCACCGCUGACCUCCGGCGGCAGCUGGACGAGCGGCGAGCGCUCCCAGCCGCCGCCGCCGCCGCCGCCGCAGACCUCCACGCCCACCCCGCAGGACUCGCAGGAGAAGAAGUCGCCGGCCGUGGCCCAGUGACACCCGUGUGAGCCAGUGACACGGACCUGAGCUUGUGCCGCAGUGCUGCCGCCAGAGUGGACUAGAUGUGAAAAGCCUCUGACAGAUGCCUGGUGUGUGUAUGCCGGUGCUUUUUUACGAUUUUAUCCCAUUUUAAAUGGAGUUUGUGUUAGGGUAAUGCUGACCGGACGUGGAGAGAUUGGUCGCCAUAUUUCUCGGUGAAUUGAAUUCAAUAUUCUUAAAUGCCGUGUGUUUCUUUACUGUGCCUUUUCAUGUGUUUAAUUGGUUUGCUGAUACUUUCAGUUUCGGUUGCGAGCAUCUCUUUUGAGACGGCGCGUGUGUGUUAGGUCGGGCCCGCGCAUACUGGAAGCGAGCACGAACACAGGCGAGUGAGUGUCUUAGGGUUGGCCGCGGCCGCCCACACAACCAUAAUCUCAGGUUACCUAAAGUGACCACCUCAGAGCCUGUCCGCUCGCGCUGCGUGUGUUCAUGUGUGUAUGUGUGUGCGCGCUCGCUGUGUCUCUGGCCGGUGCUGGUCGGGCCAGCGCAUACCGUGCAGAGUGCCAGCUGCCGUUCUUGUGAGAGUGUCCUGCGGUAUGUGUUUUUUGUGUGUCUUGAGUGUAUGAAGGAGCGUCCCUGCGAUCACCCGGAACGCUCGCGACGGCGGGAUCUCAUUGUGGCCCCGUUUCCGGCGGCUCAUCACCAGAGUGGGGCGGGCCCGUCUGUGGCAGACUUUCCCAGAAUUACCGGGCAGAGUAGCGGCCGGCUCCCGGUCUGCGGCCGUCGCCUGGAUCGCUCCAUAGGCGCCUCGGCACGGAGCUCGCCAGCUCGGGCCGGCUCCGCUCUCAGUCAUUGGCAGCUAUGUUGUAUCGCAGAGUGUCGCCGAGUCUCGUUGUGCUUGGCGCGUUCUAUCUCCGCGCCCGCUCCCACUCUGAAGGAGCCGCUCCGUGCGCGACACCAAAGCAGACCGACCCGGCGCGGCGCGGCCGCCGCCGCUCCAGGCUGCAUGUACAAACGGUAAUACAGAACCGGGAUGGUGUGGCGCGA